CUGAUCAUUUUACAGAUCACAUUUCAGCUGUUUGGUGUAGAGGUUCGUGAUUGUUUUGGGUGAAGCAGGAAAGUUUGUUUGGAAGCAGGAGACAGUCCUCAGAGGCUGAACACUGAGGACUCAUGGAUGCUGUGUUUGGACUGCUGCUGCUGCUGCUGCUGGGUGUCUGUCAUGGUGUGGAAACCUCCUGUGAUGGCAGACAGAAUGGAGCUGAAUGUUACGGAGCUCUAGGAGGAACUGUGCUCCUCCGGCUGAUGGAUGAUGCAUCAGAAAUAUAUAUAUAUAAUUUGAAGAAAGAAACAACAGUAAUACUACAUGGGAGGAGGGGAAAUAUUCUGACUGAUCUGACAAAAAGCAGAUUCUCAUUUACUCCUAACAAUGGAACAUUUAGGAUCAAUAACCUGAGUAGAGAUGAUGGUGGACAAUAUAGUAGUACAGCUUAUUUAGAUUCAAGUGGAACAAAUCCAGUGAAGCAGACUCUUCAGUUGAUCAUUCAAGCUCCUGUGUCCUCUGUCCAGCUGGUCCCUGAGUGUCAGUCUCAGGGAGAGAUGAGGGUCUCCUGCUCCUCUGGGGGAGGGGACAGUCCUCAGUACAGCUGGACUCUGGAUGGACAAACACUGACUGGCACUCAGCUCCUCUCUGGAAAUAGUGAGAGUCAGAACAUCACUCUGAAACAAGAUGUGUCUGGGCAACUGAAGUGCACAGUCAGAAACCACAUCAGUAGUGUCCCAGGAGAGGAGAUGAUAUCUACCUGUGGCUUCAAACUCUUUGAGUGCACCUUACUCAAUGGGACCUACAUAUCACAGUGGUUGCGAGCAUCCAAUGAAACUAUGUGUAUUGAGUCAACAACUGAGGGUAAGGAGCCUGACAUCACAGUGACAAAUAAACCCUCUUAUAAUAUCACACCCUCCAACCACACUGGGAAUACCUCUCGUGGAUGGUACAUCAAUAUCUCCCUGCUCAUAUGUGUUCUGGAAGCAGCUGUGUUUUUUCUGAUAAUAAUUGGUAUCUUCCUCUACUUUGCUUGGAGGAAAAAUAAACUACUGAAAGGUGAAGGCUCUGCAGCCCCUGAAGAGGUGGAAUAUGAAAACAAUUCUGUUGUAAUGGUUGAAAUGAGAAGCUCUGCAGCUGAACCUUAACUCUCUGAAACCAAAACCUUUAUGUCACCUUUCACCCGCUGUGACUGGACCGUGUAUCUACAGAGCUGAAAACUUAAGGUUUAGAUUAGAAAUUCUUCUCUGUUUUAUUUUUUGUCAGUUUUAAUUCAUUCAUACUUAAAAAUAAAUCUGUGUGAACAAAGUUUUUAUUUUAUUUGUGUCAUUAAGGUGUUUUUUUUUAUAUUAUCAUACUGUAAUUUUGUGUAACAUUGUGCUCCUUUGAAAAUAUGAUGUCUUUUUAAUAUAUAUAUUGAUGGAAUAUACAGUAAAUACAGUUUUAUUCA